AUGGGUGAACGUAUGGGUCUCUCAGGUUCAGAGCUCAUAGAGUUUGUUGAUAGGAAAGAGAAGGAGUAUACAGAACGUGAGGAACGGAUGCUUAGACGAGAUGAGGACAGAAGGAGGUUUGAGGCUCAAGAGGCUGAGAAGAAACGAUUGUAUGAGGAAGAACAGGCUGAGAAGAAAAGAUUGUUUGAGAUUGAACGUUUGAGGGAAGAAAGAGCUUUGAAGGAACAAGAGUUGGAGAUGUUUAAAAUAAAGGCUGAUGCCGGAGCUUUGGGAGACGAUAAAGGUGCUGAGCACCACAACAACCUGGCUUUGUUCUUAAAGGAAAGAGUUGCAAAAUCGAGAGCUGAGAUCACGCAGUUAGCAGAACAGUACAUUGAAGCGCAUGGUGGUACUAUAACCCCGAACAGGGUUUUGAAAAAUAAUUUCUCAUCCAAUAGGCCACCACAACGUCUAAGUAUGACGCCUUCAUCUCAGCCCCAACAAAGAGAAAGGCCAGCUUUUAAAAAGCCUGCGUACAAGGAUAGUUCCUUCAGCAAGGAUACAGGUUGA